AUGGCGGCACACGGCCGCAUCCUCAGUGGGGUGUGCAGCCUGAUGGCCUGCUCCAGUUGCCCUAUGGGGCCUUGGAGACAGCCCUUUCCAGUGGACGUGCAUGACUGGCAUGCCGUCCCCAAUCGGCUCCAGACAGGAGUGCACAGUGCCUUUGGAAAGCCCCAGGGCACACUGGCCAGGGUCCACAUUGCCCAAUUCAUCAUGUCCAUCUGCACCAAGCUACAGAACAAAGCUACCAAGCUACAGGAGAGCGAAGAGGAGCUGUAUUCCUCCUGCCGCCAGCUGCGGAGGCGGCAAGAAGAACUGAACAACCAGCUCUUCCUGUACGACACCCACCAGAACCUGCGCAGCGCCAACCGCGAUGCCCUGGUCAGAGGGUUCAACGUCAACGAGAACCAGCUGCAGCUGUACCAGGAGAAGUGCAACCGCAGGUUCUUCAUCUGUGGAUUAAACCAACCUCAGAUCAUGUACUAUGCUUGCAGUCCACAGCUGGUUGAAUCCACAGAUGUCAAAUCCUUGGAUACGGAGGGCUGGCUAUGGGACUUAAAUAUCCUCAUAUUUUUGUAUCCACAGCAGUUCCUGGAAGUAAUCUUCAUAGAUACCGAAGGACAACUCUAUACCUACUAG